UGGAUCUGGGAUGUCGGACGUGGUUCAGGAUCCUAAACCCAAGCCAGCCGUUCCCAUGAAACCAUCAGCGAUGGGAUCCCAGCUCCUUGGCUACGUGGGAAUCGACACCAUCAUUGAGCAAAUGAGGCGGAAGACCAUGAAGACUGGCUUUGACUUUAACAUCAUGGUCGUGGGUCAGAGCGGUUUGGGAAAAUCAACGCUGGUGAACACAUUGUUCAAAUCUCAAGUCAGUCGGAAAUCCUGCGGCAGGAAUCGGGAAGAGAAGGUUCCUAAAACUGUGGAGAUCCGAACAGUUAGUCACGUUAUUGAGGAGAAGGGGGUGAAGAUGAAGUUGACGGUUAUCGACACGCCCGGUUUCGGAGACCAGAUCAACAAUGAUAACUGCUGGGAGCCCAUUGAGAAAUACAUCAGUGAACAAUAUGAAAAAUUCCUGAAGGAAGAGGCGAACAUUGCUCGGAAGAAGCGGAUUCCAGACACCCGGGUGCAUUGCUGCCUGUACUUCAUCUCACCCACCGGCCACUCCUUGCGCCCCCUGGACGUCGAGUUUAUGAAGCGCCUGGGAAAAAUAAUGAACAUCAUUCCUGUCAUCGCGAAGGCCGAUACGAUGACCCUGGAGGAGAGACAUGAGUUUAAACUGAGGGUGCGGAAGGAGCUGGAGAGCAAUGGCAUUGAGUUCUACCCACAGAGGGAGUUUGAUGAGGACAUGGAAGACAAGAUGGAAAACGACAAGAUCAGGGAGACUAUGCCGUUUGCCAUCAUUGGCAGUGACACGGAAUAUCAGAUCAACGGGAAGAGGGUGUUAGGAAGGAAAACCCCAUGGGGCAUCAUUGAGGUUGAGAAUGUGACUCAUUGUGAGUUCCCACUUCUCCGGGACCUCAUCGUUAGGACUCACCUCCAGGACCUGAAGGAGGUGACACACAACAUUUUCUACGAGACCUAUCGGGCCAAGAGGCUGAAUGAAAAUGGGAAUCUUGCCCAUGACACAGACGAAGCGCACGAGAGUAACCUCUGA